CCAGGCCAGCCCUGCAUCCUCCUCCGCUCCGCAGCCCGUCAUCCUGCUUAGCAUUCCGUGCUCAUUGCUGGGAGCAACCCUGGCUGCUAAGGAGCCGAGCUCGGCGGCUGCGAGCAUCUCGGUCCAGUGUUCCCCCAUCCUGGCUCGUCAUCUGAUUUCUCCUAAGGGAUAACUGCUGAGUGGGACCGCGUCUCCAAGCUGAUGCUUUGCUGAUAAGGCAGCUGCCAAGUCUCCAGAACUAAGACAAAAGAGUUUUUCUCUUCCCAGCAGGUUUUUCUGCUGUGGAUGUCAGAGGAAGAGGGAAAAGCGAGCUGCCAGGCACUCCUCACAGGCAAGAGGCUUCAGGGGCUCCUUCCACACCACUGUUCUGUCAGACCAUGGAGCUUUUCAGGCUGAGCCUAGGCUGUAUUUGCCUCCUUCCUUGGCUUGAAGUAGCAGAGGGACAAGGCUUCCUCAUAAGGAACACCCGCCUGGAAAAGUGCAUUCGUGUCUCCCACCAUGAGACCAAUGGCAUCAGCCUGACUGACUGCAAGGCACAGUCCCCACAGCAGAAGUGGAGCUGGGACCCCACCACCAAGACCAUCAUCAGCCUCCAAACGAAGCAGUGCUUGUCGGCCCACAGGACGCGGGAGUAUGCCCUGGUCAAACUGGAGCCCUGCGGGGACUGGGAACGCCAAGCGUGGUCCUGCAGCAAGAAGGGACACUUGACUCUGCAGAGCUUGGGCUUCUACCUCAGCACCAAGGAAGGAGGCCACAAGGUGUUUGUCUCAAGGGAGAAAGACAAAUUAAGCAGGUGGAAGACUUUAGAAGAUGAAACCAUCUGUGCUGCUGCCCAGACAGCAGCUCCGAGGCCCAGCAAAACAACGCAGCAAGCUGUAGACACACAUGUGUGGAUCUAUGAAACUAAAACCAUCGAUUCAUCAAAGAUCGAUGCUGUGGACAGAGAAUCUUCUGUGAGCCUGAGUGACCCACCUUUGGCUACCAAAUUCAACAGCACUGUGUCUCCAUCAAAGACCAAGCAGGCAUACCUCCCAGCAAACGAGGAUGUGUCCCACAAUCACUCUAAAAAGCACCAUGGAAAUCGAGGGAAAAAUGCUGGGGCCAGGCUUGCAGGAACCAACUGGAAAACAGCCAUGCUGGUCCUCAGCCCCUUGGCAUUCAUACUGGGAUUAAUAAUACUGACACUCAAUGUCCAUUACAACAAGAAGAAGAAAAUCCUCUCUGCCCUGAACAGCUCCCCAGCCAGCAACAGCAGAGCUGACUUACGGGAGCCGUCUCCCUUGCGAAGAGGUCCCCAGCUGUACCAUCCACCAUCUCGCUCUCCUUCCUUGAGGCAUGGAGAGAUCCUCAUUGAGUGGAAAGAUGGGACUGUCACUCCUCUUUUCGAUAAUGCCAAUUAUCAAAUGGACUAGCUCUGAUAAAACAGAGCUGCUGUUCUAUCCUGUGUCACAUUUCCCACCAGGAAGAGUGCCACCGUAGCCAAUCUCCUCCCUAGCUUUGCUGUUUUGACAGGGAGUUGUAAGCAUUGUUUGUUGGUUUUUUGUUUUUGUUUUAAUGCUCAAGAACAACCUCCUUGCACAGGACGUGGUUGAAGCAAGCGGAGCAGAUUGUUUGGUUUGUAUAGGCACACACUGCUUAGCUCUUUCAGAGCUGAUGUAACCCGUAACAAACCCCAGAUUUAGCUAAAUGAAGCCGAGACUCUCAUCAGAUGCAACUGUUCAUUGCCCUGAAAUUCUAGAGUUACUAAGUAUAUGAGAAAGUAAAUUCUUGGAGACAAGGUGUAAGGUGAAAAACAGAAGUCUUCAUAGUUCUUAAAUCCGUUUAAAGAUAAAACUAGCUGCCAACAGAGAAGGCUGUCAGUUACUUUGUCAAUGCAAGAACAUAACUAAUAAGCACUGCCUUCAGGACUCAGAAGACGAGAGAGUCUCCUCCAGAUAUCUGCCAAAGUACUACUCCCACUGAGUGAUCAAUUAAGUAACAGCAAGUCAUUUUUCUAACUUAAAACUUAUCACUCCAUCGUCCUCACAGCAUCACUGCAAGAGUCCUGCUGAGAGAGUUUGCAUCUCUCAAGUUUUCCAUAUUUAGAAUGUAUUAGACCUUAUUAUAACACAUAUCCUGGUUUUUUAUGUAGAAUCACAACUGUGGUCAUAUUUGUUGGGGAUAUUGCAUUAUGCAGCCUUUUUAUACUGCUUCAGCCUCCUAUUUCCUAUAGGCAUAUGGAAGAGUCAGUGAACAGAUACACUGCUCCCAUCUAGAGCAGUAACACAGUUUUUUUUCUAGAGAGGUGUAAGGCACAGUUAUCAGCCUUUACACUUCUUGAUUAAGCAUAAUUACCUGUGACUGUCACACUGAAUCCUCAUCUUUUCUCAGUGAAACUUGCAAUGUCUUAGUGCUUUCCUAAUAUUCAUGAAUUUAUGCUUGCUUGCUCUCUGAUCUUGUGAUGAUGUGAACCAUAAUCAUGACUAUAAAUCAGGAAUUCUUUGGAGCAAGAACUACUAACACUAGGAAACUACAAGUAGAAGCUGCAUCAGUAUAAUUGCUCAGCGGGGCAAGGGAAACUAUACCCUAACCUGUCCCUUACUCAGAUUUAAACAACACUGUUCACUAUUAAGUUGUUGUGCUAUUUCAGCGGAGCUUGCACUUCUCUAGGGUUUGAUUUUAUUUAAACUAAGGCAGAAGUAAGGUCUCUAGAGAAUUUACAGUAUAUGUUGGGUUUUGUUUGUUUUUUAAUUUUUCUUUUAAAACAUAGACCCACAGCCUGGUAUAAACUCAACUGCCACAGGAUAUUAUUACAACCAAGAACUUAGUUGGUCUCAAGAAAGAAAAUACAAACUUUAUUGGCUUGCGACAUAAAAAUUGCACAGGUCAGAGAGAAAUGUCUUCCCCAGGCACAUUAUUCCAGAAUUAUUUACUGGAGGAUUUCCCACAUGCUCCUUGGAAAAACAGUUUAUUACUAGACAGGGGCAGAGAAAGAAGUCACUCUUCACUAGUGAGCAGUGAAUGCAGAGUCAGAAUCAAAUCUUGACUUUCCAACGUUUUCCCUUCUAAAAAUACCCAAAGACUUUUGGGUCAAGUUUGCAUACGCAUAAUUUUGCGCCAAAAAAAAAGUGGAGAUACUUUUUGUACAUAAUCAAAAUGCACAUGCAGUGCCUCACCAGUUAUCACAGUUCCACCACAAUUAAGACGCCUGUCUUUGAAAUUCUGUCCAAGGAGCACACCACCUUACAGUGCAUAGCACUUGUUACCCUCCAAAACCUCAACACACUUUGGAAACAUGAUGUAUGCUAUGUUAAUGAAAUGCAAAUACUUACUUGGAGUUCAGCUAAUGUUGUGCUUCUCAAAGCAGUAAGUGCUUGUUCAUUACUGCUGAAUGGGCAGAACAGAUGACUUGCUAAUGACUCUCUGUAAUUCAUACUUAUUAUCUUACUAAUCUUGCUCAUAACCACAAGGCACUAACACAGUUGUUUACAUAGCACUGAUUAAAUGGUAGCUCAAACAAUAAUGAAAAAAAUAAGACUGUGAAGCAGCACAGGCUUUUAGCUAUUUUUUCCCCCUCUCUUCUACUGGUUAUCUUUUAGUUAUUUCUCACUGUUUUACUAGAUGCUGGAGACCAAAUUUUCCAAGGUAUGGACAGAAGAGCAGCAGGUUUAAGUCUCCAUAACGAGAGGCUUUAAAAAGCACAUUAGUCAAAUGUCCACCAGGAAACACUCCAAAAUAGCUGAUUCUGCCUUGAUGCCUGGACCAGGUGACAGUGGGUGACACUUUCCACCCCCUGCUUCUAAAGCCAGCUGAGAAACACUCAAGAGUAGUCGCACCACCUGUGUGAUGUUCACUCUGCCAUCACCUGAAUGCAAUGCUUGUAAACAAUGUUAACAAUCAAAAUAAAACCUGACUGUAAAGUGGAGAAGCACUGAAAUUGUUUAUAGGACUAUAUGUUAUACAUGUAUACAUUAAAAGCCUCCUUAUGGUGCAUCCAUUUUUGUGUGUGUAUGCAUAUACACAGAAAAAGGAUGCACUGUAACAGGGCUUUUACACAUCACUCUACAGAAAGAUACCAGUGAUGAACAAACUACCACUGUCAUAGUGGUACUAACAUUACCGGUGUAUGCCGCACCAAAGGACAAGUGCGCAGAACUGGAGAGUAAAACAAUACUAAACUGCCACCCAGGUUUCUCAGCCCAGUUACGCUGCACCUCUGGUAUUGCAGGUUUUCUCCAGGGCUGAUGUAAUGCUGAUGACCCUUGGUUCACUCCUGCAGCAAGGAGGAAGGCCAGGUAGAAGCAGAGACGUACACUUAUUUGCCUCAGAAGGUCCAAGUGUCUAGGCAGCAAUGCUAGAGAAGAUGUAAGGAAGGGACUUGUUCUCCUUCAAAAUUUCCUCAAAUUCAGAAAACCUCAUUCCUUAUAAAAAAAAUGUAAUAAUGCCUUCAUGCUUUUUUGCUAUUUAUGUGCCAAAACAUCCAAAAGACUACGAACCAUUACAGAAUCACAGAAUGGUUGUGGUUGGAAGGGACCUCUGGAGAUCAUCCAGUCCAACCCAUCUGCUAAAGCAGGUUCACCAGAGCAGAUCACACAGGAAUGUGUCCAGGUGGGUUUGAAUGUCUCCAGAGAAGGAGACUCCACAACCUCUCUGGGCAGCCUGUUCCAGGGCUCUGGCACCCUCAGAGUAAAGAAGUUUCUCCUCAUAUUCAGAUGGAACCUCCUGUGCUUCAGUCUGUGCCCAUUGCCCCUCAUCCUAUUGCUGGGCACCACCGAAAAGAGCCUGGUUUAAUCCCUUGAGAUAUUUGUAAACAUUGAUGAGAUCUCCCCUCAGCUUCUCUUCUCCAGGCUGAACAGACCCAGCUCUCUCAGCUGUUCCUCAUAAGAAAGGCACUCUAGGCCCCCCACCAUCUUCGUAGUUCGCUGCUGGACUCCCUCCAGUAGUUCUUUGCUGUUCUUGAACUGGGGAGCCCAGAACCACACACAGAACUCCAGAUGUGGCCUCACCAGGGCAGAGUAGAGGGGGAGGACAACCUCCCUCGACCUGCUGGUCACACUUUUCUUAAUGCACCCCAGCUACCAUUUGCCUUCUUGGCCACAAGGGCACAUUGCUGGCUCAUGGUCAACCUGUUGUUGCAUUACUAACUGAAUAUGUGUAACCAGAGUGCUAACAAUCUCAGGUCCCAGCAACAAUGACAAAAGAGAGGUCCACAGGAACGCUGACAGAGAUGAGCACAUUUGUACCACCACAGGCAGCUGCAAUCAUCCAGCACAAGCACCUACAGCACAGCUCUGGCAGCACAUGUGCCCUGCUGCCCACACACUGGUGCAGGCUGCAGCCACACAGGUGCUAUCAGCUGGACACAAGAUUGCUCAUUAGCUGAGAUAAUUCUGUGCAAAAAAUACUGUAUUAGGCAGAUACAUCUCCCUUUCCUAACCCUCUGAAUAAUGUAUGUCUGAGGUGUUUGUUAAAGAGAAAAGAAGACAAUAAAGUGGCUAAAGAACUUCGAGAUCACCAUUUAAAUACUGUACAUCAACCAUUUACUAAGACUCUUCGGAUGGCAAAUGUUUUCAUAGUGAUGCAUUAGAUAUGUACAUACAUUCAUGAUACAAAAAAACAUGACCUGAAAUGAUUUGAACAGUUAUGACAGCAUAUCAGUGGAAGAGAUGGGAACAGAAUUAUUGCUUCCCCAUUUGAAAUGCAAGGUGUAACUUCUGCAGUAAACACUGUUACUAAAAAUCUCCAUCUGCUCAUUUUCUCAUCUCUAGUUCUACAUCAGCAAGUCAAGAAAUAUCAAGUGCUUGAUUUUUCAAAAGGACCUCUGGUUGUUCAGCACUUUGAUUAAAAACAAAGGAGAAAAGAAACGGGACAGAGAAGUCUUUGUUAGCUCUGGGUUUCAAUUCAGACAUCUCUGGCUCACAGUUCAAUUGGACCACACUUUUUUUGCACUGGCUAGGGGAGAAAAAGCACAGCUCUUUAAAAGCUCCAAGUAUCUUCACUGAAUUUGUACAGAUUCAAAAAAGAAAUCAACAUUUCUACAGCAAUAUAGUUCUUCCCCUGGAUUUAAAAAACAAAAAAACAAAAACAAAAAAACAAAA